AUGGUUUUGAAGGUGACAACGAGACUUUGUCUUUGCGGUAUGUUCCUGUUGACUUUUAAAAACAGCGUGACCAAGUAACGCCAUCAAUGYUCUUUGUCACGCAAAUUAGAUUGGAUUAGCACGCUCAUUACCCAAAAUGCCUCGAAGGGCUGUCGAGUGAACAUUGAAGAAUAUUAUCGACCAGAAAUUAUAAGGUUUCUGAAUUUAAUGUUGAGAAGUGUAUUCAUUUAGACUUAAMGCGUGUGUACGUCGGUGUGUUACCAAAUUUACCGUCCUUUAUGAUGCUGUAGUUGUUGACAGAGCUCGACUUCUGGGGAGUUGAAGGCGCUGCAACUUCGUAAACAAGUUAACAUGUAAAUGUUUAGCAGGCUGGUUUAAAACCUGGUGCAGUCUUCAUGGCCAAAGAGAGCUAUUUGAUAGGAUGACUUUGGUGGACAAGCGAGAUUUUACGUUGAGUUUAUUAUGGCAGCCCUUGUAAGCAGCUUACACCAAGGAGAGAGAACAAAGAUGCCACCCAUAACGUCUAUCAUUUCAUCAGAAUCGGAGAGUCCAAAAUCUCCUAAAAAAUCUGUGAACGGAGACACAAAGGGUUUCUUCCCUCCUCGCCAGUCAUCUAAGAAAAAGUUAAAAUGGUCAAUUGAUAAGCUUAAAAGUGACAAUUCAUCGGAAAAUGAGAAAAACAAAUCCAACGACGUAAAAUCAAAACUAACUUCCAAGUCAGCCUCUUCCUUCUUCAGCCCAAAGCCUGUUAUAACAGCAGAACACGAGGAUGAAGAACAAAAAAGCCCAGUAGAUUCUGCUUUGUUGACUGAUAGUGUGGACAAUAGAAAUUCCAGUGACCUGGAAAAACACGAAAAAGACGAUUCCCGAUGGACGGAUGACGACAGUCUUCUGAUGACCCCUCAGGAUAAAAGUCUAGCCAGGCAAUCUACUGGCUCGAUAAACUUUAUCGAUAAAGUCGUACAAGAGAUCUUAUCUACUGAAAAAACAUAUGUGAAUAAUCUGAAGGAAAUUAUCGAGGGAUAUUUGCAAUGCAUGAGAAUGAAGAAUUGUCCGAUUUCAAAAGAAAACGUUCAACAUUUGUUUAUAAAUGUCGAAAAAAUAUACGAGUUUAACAGGGAGUUUUUGAAACAAAUUGAAAAUGCCGAUGAAGAUCCUGUAGAAAUUGCCGACUGUUUCGUCAAGAAUGAAACUGGUUUCCAAACCUAUACUGAGUAUUGUACAAACUACCCUAAGUCAGUUGAAGUCCUUACAGAGUGCACAAGGCAACGRGAAGCCGCCUCGUUCAUCCAGGAGAUUCAAAUGAACCUUGGYCAUUCGUUACCUCUUGGGUCGUAUCUCUUGAAACCCGUGCAAAGGAUACUCAAGUAUCACUUGCURUUGCAGAUUUUACGUUGA